AUGGCUGGCAUACAAACCCCCUUCUCAACGUACCGCCUGCUAUCAUUCGAUAUCUACGGCACCCUCAUCGACUGGGAGAGUGGCAUCGUACAAGCCCUCUCGCCAAUCCAAGACCGCCUCCCGGACUCUUCCCCACUGAAAAGCGGAGGAAACGAUCUCGCUCUCGGCACUGUGUUCACAAAGCAUGAAGCCCGGCUUCAAUCCGAAGAGCCAGGAGCAACAUACGACAAGAUUCUGCGAGAUGCCUACAUCGCAGUCGCGAAGGAAUUACUAGAGAAUGUGCCAGGAGAAGACCAGUUAGAAGAGGAAGGCGUAGCUUUCGCGGAUAGCAUCGCCGUCUGGCCUGCCUUUCCAGACACAAUCCAAGCAAUGCGCAAACUCAAGAGAUUGGGGUUCAAACUCGUGCCUGUAUCGAAUGUUGACCAUGGCUCCUUUGGAAAGACUCUUGCUGGUCCAUUGAGUGAUCUCAGGGAGCCUUUAAGUCCGGGUUCGGAUCCGCUAGACCCCUUCUUUGAUGCAGUAUAUACCGCGCAAGAUAUAGGAUCUUAUAAACCCGAUCUCAGGAAUUUUGAGUACUUGAUUAAUCAUGUCAAGGCCGAUUUUGGGGUCGAGAAGCAUGAAAUCCUACAUGUGGCGCAGAGUUUGAGGCAUGAUCAUGUCCCUAGUAAGCAGAUUGAGUUGGAUAGUGUUUGGAUUGCGAGGGGGAAAGGUGGUGUGAGUGGGAUGGGAGGGGAUGUAGAGGAGUUGUUGGGCAAAGUGUCGUUUGCGUGGAAGUUUGAAAGUCUUGGUGAUUUUGCGGAUGCAGUUGAAGCUGAGUUACAGAAGUAA